AACAACUCUAAACGUUGAAAAAGCAGCAAAGAACGCCGGACUUUUUGUUAAUUUAAUUUGGGAUAAUGUCAGAAACGACUUCAAAUGAGAGUCCUGCAAAACGUUUAAAGACGGAACACAUAAAAGAGGAAGACGAUGAUGAAGAAAUUUCUAGUGUUUCGGUGAAAAAGUGUCCCUACUUGGAUACCAUCAAUCGUCAUAUGCUGGACUUUGACUUUGAAAAGCUUUGCUCCGUUUCGUUGACUCGCAUAAAUGUUUACGCUUGCCUUGUGUGCGGCAAGUACUUCCAAGGCAGAGGUACCAAUACUCAUGCUUACACUCACUCUGUCUCCGAAUUGCAUUAUGUGUUCUUGAAUCUGCACACCUUGAAGUUCUACUGCCUUCCCGACAACUACGAGAUUAUCGACUCGUCCCUGGAUGACAUCAAAUACGUGUUGAAUCCGACUUUUACAACCAAGGAAAUUCGUCAAUUAGACGAACAUCUCUCCAAAUUUUCUCGCACAGUGGAUGGCGAAUUGUAUAUCCCCGGCAUUUGUGGCUUGAAUAAUAUCAAAGCUAACGACUACAGCAACGUUAUGUUGCAAGCAUUGUCGCAUGUGAGUCCCGUUCGCGACUAUUUUUUGCAAGAAUCCAAUUACAUUCAUAAGAAAAAGCUAACAGGAGACGUGGCUUUUUCAAUUGUCUCGCGCUUUGGUGAACUCAUCCGAAAAUUGUGGAAUCCACGAAACUUCAAAGCUCACGUGUCACCUCACGAAAUGCUCCAAGCGAUUUCUCUCUGCAGUAAAAAACAAUUUCAAAUUACGGAACAAGCGGAUCCCAUCGACUUCAUUUCGUGGUUCUUGAAUUCGUUGCACAAGCAACUCAAGUCGAAGAAAGAUCCGGAGGACUCGAUCAUCUACAAGUCAUUCAGGGGAGAAAUGAAGAUAUUUACGAGAAAACUGCCACCAAGCAAUUUGGAUGACAUCCAACGAAGACUCUUAAUGGCAACGGCCGAGUAUCAGGAAACCAUGGAAAAGUCAAAGUUUUUGUAUUUGACUUGUGACUUGCCACCAACACCCUUAUUCCAAGAUGAGUUCAAGGAAAACAUUAUUCCACAAGUACAUCUUUUCCAACUUUUAUCCAAAUUCAACGGGUCCACGGAAAAAGAAUACCAAACGUACAAAGACAACUUUUCAAAGCGCUUUGAAAUCACUCGAUUGCCGCAAUUCAUAAUUCUUUACAUAAAAAGAUUCACAAAAAAUACCUUUUUUGUUGAAAAAAAUCCUACGAUUGUGAAUUUCCCCGUUAAAAAUGUGGAUUUUGGAGAAUUCCUCACUGAAGAGGUGCGAAAACAACACAAAUCCACCAAUUAUAAUCUAAUUGCCAACAUUGUCCACGAUGGCGAGCAGAAAAAUGGAACGUGGAAGCUGCACGUCUACCAUAAAAGUACAAAGCAGUGGUACGAAAUGCAGGAUUUGCAUGUCAAGGACAUUUUGCCACAAAUGAUCACCUUAACGGAGUCCUAUAUUCAAAUUUAUGAGAAUGUAGAUGAAAUGGAGUCCAAAUAAAAAUUUUUGAAAAAUUUAUAAACAUGAAUUAUUUU